GCCUUCUCAUUGCCUACAAGACCCCAAAUUCGUGCUCUUCACCGCCUGCCCACACCUGAAACUUCCUCGAGGUGGCUGAGCUCCCCCUAUUCGCCGGCGUUAGUGGCCGAGAUCGGUCUAGAGGAGUAACUACUUUGGAGGUACACACAAGUUGAAGGAGCUAGCAGGCUUGUGGCCCAAUGCUCUUUUGAACUCGUAUAUUGGGGGAUUGGAAAACAUGAAGCUUUCUUAAAUUAUAUAGUGAUGGAUGCAAAAUCUUUGGCAAAGUCGAAAAGAGCUCACUCUCAGCAGCAUAGUAAGAAACAUCAUCCCAAUCAAAAAUUGAAAGCUCCAUCAGCUCAUCCCAAUCAAAAAUUGAAAGCUCCAUCAGCUGAUACUGGUGGAGCUGCAACCAAGCCAUCUCAAAAACAAGUUAAAGAGAAAACCCUUCAGUCUAAGGCUGCAUCUGCACUACCCUCCAAUUGGGAUCGAUAUGAUGAAGAGAAUGAUUCUGGUCCAGAAGAUCCAUCAAAGAAAAACCCAGAUGUUGUUUUACCAAAAAGCAAAGGCGCAGACUACCAGCACCUAAUUGCUGAGGCAGAGUCUCAAUCUCAAUCAACUCUUUAUUCGGAUUCCUUUCUGUCUGUUGAUGAUGUUCUUGCUGGGGAAUUCAGCCAAGCAGUUGGGUCUUUGCUUUCAGUCAAGGGAGAGGGCAUCUUGGCAUGGUCUGGAGAUGAUAAUUUUAUUGUGGAGCAUAAAUCAAUGAUGCAUCAUGAGGCAUCAUUUAUCUCGUUGAAUUUGCACAAUCUUGCAGAACAGCUUGCAAAAAUUGACUUAUCCCAGAGACUUUUCAUUGAAGCAGAUCUAUUACCACCGGAACUGCGUGCAGCAGAGAUAUCAGAGGCAAGCAGCACUCAAGAAUGUGACCAAAUUCCAGCAAUCAAUGAUAGUUCAGCAGUGAAAGAAAUAUCCGAAGAUUUAAUUGAUUCUUUGGUGAAUGUUGAGAUCGCAGAUCCAACUGCCGAAGUUAAAUCAUCUGGCAAUGUUGUUCAUCCACACACUUCCUUGUCUUUGGGGGUUUCUGAUUCAGUAAAACAGGUUGAUGUUGCCAAAUACAAUCAUCGAAGCAAAGUCCCUGAAUUCACAGCAGGACACACUGUAAAUUCCUUUGCAGAACCAAGCAAGAAACUUCCUGAAUUUAAGGUAGCAGUGGUGGAGGCAGAGCUCGAUAUGCUUCUUGACUCACUAAACGUAGAGAUUCUCGAUUCAACUCGUUUCAGCUCGGCUGGUGCUCAUCCCAUGGAAGCAUCAUCUGCAGUUGAGUUUCAACUUCCAAAAAAGAACCUGGAUGAUGACCUAGAUGACCUACUAAAUCAGACGUCUAGUUUGACGAACCAAAACAAUCUAUUUGAAUUUCAGGGAAAAAAGAGUGACCAUUUUAUACAAUCUAAUCUCUCUCAGUCAAGGUCUGGAACCAAGUCCGAAGCAUUGGACGACUUUGAUGCUUGGAUGGAUACAAUUUGAUUAUGUGUAAACUAUACAGCCUCUCCUUGUAUCUUGAUAUUUAAUUUCGUUGUGCUUAAACAAAUCUGCGCAUCUUGAAGCUAAAAAAGAAGAGAGUAAAGCUACAA